AUGAUAUCGGACGAGCUCUUUGGGGAAUGCCUCGUCAUCCUUCAAGACGAGAGUAUCCUCGAGGAAGAUCAAGCUGAGCGAAUCUCGACUCUUAUCGCGAGCAAGACAGAUCUCGAAGGCAGCGUACUGGACAAUGAGGUUCUCGAUGUACUCUGGCGACACCGUACCAAAAGCUCACCCGCUUCAUCGCCUCCCAUCCGUAACAACCACACCAUCAUCCGUCGUGCUUCCCCGGCUCCGUGGCAAUUCCAGCGUGUAGGCACCCCAGCUCCAUCGCUCGGCGGUACCCCUCCUCUGGCUCCCGGUUUCCCUCCGUCGCUCAGAUCUUCGCCGUUCCCGUCGCCGAGACCAAGCCCGAGGCUCGCGUACUCGUCUCCUCUCAUACCGCACUCUCCAACCCUCAACAACUAUGAGCCGGUGCUCCACCACGACGUGACAAGCGCUCCUUCCGAAGCCUACGGUGAUCUGGGAAGCGAAACGGUGCAGUGGCUCAUCGGAGAUGAUAGCAACUACAUGUACGGCGUGGGGCCGACCCAGAACAUGACCCCACACGACAUGCUACGUUCUGUUUUGGGGGAGGGGCGUUCGGAUGAGCAGAUCGAUCAAGCGCUGGAUAUCUGUUCGUACGACUUGGCCGCAACACUGGCCAUUGCCGCCAUCAUCGGAAAAUCCACUACCCCGAAUCCCGAGAGAUCCCGGCCCAUUACCCCUCGUAACGGUGUUGUCUGUCGCUUCUUCCUGUCGACUGGACAAUGCCUCAGAGCAGAUUGCCGAUUUUCCCACGAUCUGGGGACAACAAUCUGCAAGUAUUGGCUCAUGGGUUCGUGCCUUGCUGGUAACACGUGUAUAUUCUCUCACGACCCAACCAUGUCGGUCUCGAAGAUGACUCUCGGCUCGGACAGUCGAACCUCUACUCCACCUCCCAGCUUCCAGUUUCAAGAUGCUUCUGCCUUCCCCUCGCUCUCGCCGGGUGAACAUUGGAACGGGGGUUCAGGAAUGGGUCCUGGCAUGACCGGUCCACCUCCGGGCUUCAAGCUUACGCCUUCGCGUCCCCACUCUCGCCAGCAGAACCGUGACCGCAGUCAGGAUUCAUCCAUACCGCUAGAUGACUCUGAAGCCUUCCCAUCCCUCGGUAGUGCAAAGAAUCACAAGAAACGCGACCGUCGCCCCAAGAAUGACAUUCCCACCGGGCCGUCGUCUCUUGCCGAGGUGGUACGCAUGGGGUCUCCUGGACCCGGCUCCAACCGUUGGACUGGAGUCAGUGGUUCUCCUAACUCGAAGAGAGGAACUUCCAAAGUUUCAGCGUCCCACAUUCCGACUCCGCAACAGAUUCCCUGGCUCGAGACUGGUAGCACUCUCAACCGCAUGUACCUUAAGCAUCGCAAGGAGGCUUUGAACCACGGUGUCCUGCGUGCCAAGUAUCUACAGAUGGCGAGCGGUGCCUGGCAACGCAACGAUGCAAAGGCUGCCAAGGAACACUCCCGAAAGGCCAACAAUGAGAACCUUGCGAUGGUCAAGGCACACAAGGAAGCAGCGAGGGCGAUCUACGAGGAGCGUAACAAGCAGCCGGGGGUAGAACUGUUUGUCGAUCUUCAUGGUCUGCUCCCUGACGAAGGUAUAAAAUACCUCGAAGAAAUCCUCGUGACCCACCAGACUUCCUCGCAGCCACUGUACGCGGUUGUCGGCACGGGCCACCAUUCCAAGGGUGGCAAGGACAAGCUUUCUCGCGCCAUUCGUGCCUUCCUCGAUGAGUGGAAGUAUGCCUACAGGGAGUUCUCGGUCAGCGGUGACCGUAACGGAGGAAUUCUCGGCAUUGAUCCACGGUCGUUUGACAAGGCUAUGGCAGCGGCCGUAGCUGCUGGUGGUGGUGUCUCGGACGAACAGGUGGUCGGAGCGGACGGUAGGCCGAUGAGUGCCAGGUCGGGUUCGGGAGGCAGCAUUACGUCCGCGAAGAAAAAGAAAUAG